CCUAUUUCGUAGACCCCUCCUCGCACUUCCUCAUCCCCUAAGGAGCGGGGGGUUGGGGCCAGCGCCCGAGGCUGCCCAGCCCCCCCAUUCCCGAGGCGCCCCCCGCAUCCCUGCCCGACCGACAUGAACUCCAACGUGGAGAACCUGCCUCCCCACAUCAUCCGCCUGGUGUACAAGGAGGUGACCACGCUGACGGCGGAUCCCCCCGACGGCAUUAAGGUUUUCCCCAACGAGGAGGAUGUCACCGACCUGCAGGUCACCAUCGAGGGACCAGAGGGGACCCCGUACGCCGGUGGGCUGUUCCGUAUGAAGCUGAUCCUGGGCAAGGACUUCCCGGCCGCCCCCCCCAAGGGCUUCUUCCUUACAAAGAUCUUCCACCCCAACGUGGGUGCCAAUGGCGAAAUCUGCGUCAACGUGCUCAAGCGCGACUGGAAGGCCGAGCUGGGGAUCCGCCAUGUCUUACUGACCAUCAAGUGCCUGCUGAUCCACCCCAACCCAGAGAGCGCCCUGAAUGAGGAGGCUGGCCGUCUGUUGCUGGACAACUACGAAGAGUACGCGGCCCGGGCCCGCCUCCUCACGGAGAUCCAUGGCGGGGCCGGGGCCCGGGGGCCACAGGGGGAAGGGGACGGGGUGGAGCCGGGCUCCUCGGGGGCCAGCGGGGCCGACGGGCCCGUGGCCAAGAAGCACGCCGGGGAGCGGGACAAGAAGCUGGCGGCCAAGAAGAAGACUGACAAGAAGCGGGCGCUGCGGAGGCUGUAGUGGGGGCCGGCGGGGGCGUUUUUCACUCU